AUGUGCACUUUCCGCCUCCUAGUCGAAAUGUGCUACUGCAACGACAUCGAGUGCAGUCAAAUCAACCCCGAUGUCCAAGACGACAAGUUCGACAACGUGGAGUCGGGCGGCCACGUCAUCCGCGUGGUCGAAUACUAUCGUAUCUCCGGGGUGUGCAUGGACUGGUUCAUCAACGAGGACCCUGACCGGAUGAUGGUGAAGCAAUACGGCAUGGACCCGCUCAAUGGCAACAGCAAACAGGACUGCAAGAACAAGGUGUUCAAGUACGAUAAGGAGAGGUACCAUUCGGAAUCCGUUUGCGAGGCUUGCGUGAAAAACUGCACGCAGCCGGGUCAGGAGAAAGAGAAGUCUGAGAGCCCUGAGCUUGAAUGA